AUGAGGACGCCUCAGAGAACUCCUGCUGGCAAAGGUGAUGCUACUGUGAUGGAAGCUGAGAAUCUGGCUAGGUUGAGAGACUCUCAGACGCCUUUGCUUGGAGGAGAUAAUCCUGAGUUGCACCCUUCUGAUUUACUGGGGUUACUCCGAGGAAGAAAGAGAUUCAAACGCCUAAUCUGA